GGAUGAGAAGGCUUUCCGCUUGUCCUUAUGGCAACAGGCUAACACCCAGCAGCUGAACCAUUUAUGGUCAGCUUUGUCAGUUCUCCCUGCCACACUGCCACCCUCCCCUGCCCUGCAACAAGCACUAAUUUACUUCCUCUCUCUCUCUCUCUCUCUCUCUCUCUCUCCCUCUGUUUUCUAUUUACUCAUCGUCGAUUCGUCUCCCUCCUGAAGCCUCAUACAAACGAGAAAGGUGAUCAAACACCAACGGAAGGAAGGAAGGAAGGAAGGAAGGAACUGGGCUUUUCUUACAAAAGGUUGGAAUAGAGAAAUAGAUCACUCAGUCGGCUGCAUUUUCGGAUUCUCGUUUGUUUUGGAUACUUUAUCGACGUCCAUCCCCGAAGGCGGGAAAAUCUCUGUUCAUUUGGGGUGAGUGUCCCUGUGGCUGGAUCAUGGAGGGAACUGAAGUUUGCCAGACCGAGGAUGCCAUUCUUGCACUGUUUGAAAAUCUGGUUGAUCUCAAGCUGCCGGCAAAAUCUGGAUCCGGGUUCACACCAUCUCUAGCUCAUGAAGAAGACAUAGCUAAACAGGUUCAUGCGGUUGUGUUGCUGUACAACUACUACCACAGGAGACAGCAUCCCGAACUGAACUUCAUGAAUUUCGAGAGUUUCUGCAAGUUGGCUGUGAUGCUGCGACCUAAUCUUCUACCAUACAUGAAGCUGACACGAUGCUCUAAUGAUACCGUGUUGGUUGAUCGUGAAAAUCAGCUUUCUUUGACUGAGAAGAAAGUUAUGGAUGCAUGUAGCAUUGCUACGUCUUUGGAUGCAUCCAAAGAGGCUCCAGCUGUAAAUGGAUCUGCAGUUUCCAGAGUUGCGGUCCUUCUUGUGGACUCUACAAAGAAGAAAGCGUUGCUGCAGUUUGGCUCAAUCACUGAUGGUGUGUGGUCUGCUGUUGAGAAGGAUGUGGAGGUUGUUGAUCAAAGUAAGGGAACUUCUGGUGACUCAAAUCAAGCUAACAAAAAGAGAAGGGUUAUUAAAGGACCUCCUCCAAAACGAGAGGAAAGUACUGCUGAAGUUGACCUCAAGAAAGCAGCUAUGUUAGCUGUCAAUGAAGCCACUGGAAUUGGCCAGGAUGAUCUUUGUUUUUUGGAAAGCCACAUUGUGUAUUCUGCAAGUAAAGAAAAUACUGGCAUGCGCUUUUACAUCUCACAGUACACUCAAGCAGAGAACAACAAUAGUCUGUGUCAAGUUCCCAUCCAAGAUUUGAUUAAAAGCUUGCAGGGUCCGCUAUUCUCAAAAACGUCCUAUGGAUGGAUAAUCACACCUGUUGUUGAGUACUUUCAUUUGCUUCCUUUUGCUCAGAUUCUUGCAGACUGGAUGAACUCUGCAUGCGACCACAGCAGCGGCAUGAUCUCAAAAUCAUCGGAGAAGAAUGAUCAUAGUAGCACGAACUCUAGUGUACUGAUGCAGAAGGAUGAAAAUGUGAAUUCUGAGACCUCGGCGCAUCAUCCUGAGACAGAAAAGCAGAACGAGAAUGAUGAAAGUUCAAGGAUUAGUCCGGCUAAUUUAAAUGCCCCCCAGAACAUGGAAGUGGAUCCAUUACCAGUCAUCUAUUCGCAGAACAAAGAUGUGGGUGCGAAUAUUGCCAAUGCCAAACCUGUCAACCACAAGGUCGUUGGCGCUGUCCAUAAGAGCUCAAAUGACUUGAUAAUUUCUGAUAAGGACUGUCGAAUUGUGCAGGUGGAGAAGCCAAAUGCUCUGAUGACCCAGGAGAUUGAUAAAGGAAGAGGUAGAAAUGUGAUCGUGAGUGCAGCGAACUGCAACCAUAUGGAAGUGAAUGCAUCCUCAGACAUUAAGUCGGGGAAAAAAGAUAUUUGUGCAAAUGUUGCCAAUGCCAUCAAACCUGCCAACCCAGAGAUUGAGGACUCUGUGCUUAAGAGCUCAAAAAGCUUGACAGUUUCUAAUAAGGUGGAGAAGCCAAGUACUCAGGUAAUCACUGAAGAUAUAUGUAGAAAUGUUGUGAUAAUUGAUCAGAACUGCAACAACAUUGCUGUGGAUCCAGAUGCAAAGCCUGCAGUUCAUCAUCUUCCUUUGGUUGAGUACAGUUGUAGUGUUCAAGAUAUUGAGAAAAUGUUCUCUAUUAUAGCUUCAAAAGACAAGGAACUCUCUGAAGCAGCACUCAAAGUGCUCCUGAGAAAAAGAGAUCAACUGUCAUUUCAGCAACGAGAUAUAGAAGAUCAGAUCGUACAGUAUGAUAAGAAGAUCCAGAGAAUUUUGGAUGGUGGUGAUGAUAUGGCACUGAAGAUAGAAUGCUUCCUCGAACUUGUCAACAACACAUCGUUCCUGAGAACUGUGAACAGAAAGAACCAACCUUCAGCCCAAAGUAACGAAAUGGUGACGAUGCUGGGACACGAGGAAGACAAUAGCCAUACACCAUGUGUAGCAUUGGACAAUGUAUGCUACAAGAACAACUGGAUUUUGCCAACUUACCGCCUCCUGUCAGUUAACGGUGGGUUCGUGGCUAGCGUGAUCGUGAAAGGGGAUCAAACAGAGUGGUCUUCAACUGGUGGCGAAGUAUGUGUCGAUCCCAGGGAGGCUAGGGAGUCAGUCGCAGCACAGAUCUUGGAGAAGAUAUGCAACAGCAGCACUACCACCAUCACUACAGCAAUCGAACAUUGAGAAAAAAACAGUUUUUAACAUUGUUUCUGGGUAGCUAAUAUAUAGCUUCUUUCUGCUAACACAAGGCACACCUCUUUUGCACGCUUAGGCAGCAGCUGUAACAUGUAGUCUCUUUACAGUUUCGAUAGCACAUUUUGGCUGAGCGUAAAGGGAUCGGAUAUAGGUGUAAUAUGUUCGAAUUCUGGCAGUAUUAUGAUUGUAGUUUACUAGUAUGUGACGAUUUAUCAUUUGUUGACGGAAGAUACAAAUGGAAUCAAACCUCAAUGAUCGUCAAGAUCCGCAUAAAAUCAAGCCUCAAUGAUCGUCGUUUCCU